AUGGGCUCUUCGCCGACCACCACCGAGCCUGAGGCUAUUGGGGCCUCCAAUUCAGAAAACCUGUCGGCCGACGAAUUGGAACUUCGUGCUCAAGGUCACAUAGGUGAAUUGCCACGUCAGUUCGGUGUCUUGUCGACCUUGUCUCUUGCUUUCACCAUCACCAAUUCCUGGAUCGCAUACUCGGCCGUGUUUGUCAUCCCUCUCAUUGCCGGCGGAGCAACAUGUGUGGUGUGGAGUCUAGUGAUUGGCUUUGUGGUAUGCAGUAUCAUCACCCUUGGUCUCGCCGAGUUAGCCAGUGCCUAUCCGACUUCGGGUGGACAGUACCACUUCUCCUUCAUGGUCGCGCCUCCGAGAUUCAGAGCGGCGGUGUCGUACACGAUCGGCUGGGUGAGUGUCUUUUCCUGGUGGAUGCUCGCGUGCGGGUCUUGCAUCUUCUGUGCACAAGCCGUCGCUGUCAUGGCUGCUGUCUACCACCCGGACUUCGCAGCCACACAGUGGCAAAUCUAUCUCAUCUACGUGGCUCUUACGAUCCUCUCCACGGCGUUGAUUACGUUGUUUCCCAAGCAACUACCUCAGGCGGAGAUUGCUUGUUUCUGGUUGUCCAUCGUCGGAUUCAUCGUAUCCACAAUUACUGUGCUGGCAAGAAGCGAGCACAAACAGACCGGUCAAACGGUCUUUGCGGACUGGAACAAUAACAGUGGCUGGGUCGACGGAGUUGCAUUCUUUAUCGGCAUUGGCCAGGGCAUGUUCGCUUUCAUUGCUCUUGACGCGGCCACACAUGUUUCUGAAGAAAUGCCCAAUCCAAGGAAAAAUGUCCCCCGAGCAAUGGGCCUGACCAUGGUCAUCGGAAUGAUCACUGGCUUUGUGUGGACUGUCGCAUUUCUGUUCUCCGCCACGGAUCUCGAUGAGGUCAUGAAUAGUCCGUCACCGUACGUAACGGUUUAUUUCCAGGCCAUUCACAACGAUCCUGUGGCUCUCUUCUUCACUGUGUGGCUGUUUCUGGCGUACGUUUCGGCCACCAUCUCCUGCUACGCAACGUCGGGACGCCUCGUUUGGGCCUUCUCCCGAGACAAUGGCCUACCCUUCAGCAAAUUCUUCAGCAAAGUCCACCCUACAUUGAAGGUGCCAGUGAACGCCACGGUUUUGACCUGCGUCUUCGCCAUCUUCUACGGCCUCAUCUACAUUGGGUCCACCACCGCAUUCAACUCUUUCCUAUCCAUAUCCAUUCUGGGUCUAAAUGCCACAUACACGGUCCCUCAGGCUAUCCUUGCGGUCUGUGGCCGUGACAAAAUCUUGCCACCUCGACCGUUCGCGCUGGGAAGGUGGACGGGGUUGUUCUGCAACAUUUUUUCCAGCCUCUGGAUUGCUAUGUACACAGUGUGGUUCUGCUUUCCUACCUUCCUCCCCGUGGAGGCUCAGAACAUGAAUUACCUGAGUGUGAUCGCUGUAGGCGAACUUUUUUUCAUUGGAUUGAGUUGGUUCCUGGGAAAGCGCAAGACAUUCACCGGCCCGAAGGUGGUGUUUGAAGGUCUACACCUGUCGGCGAGUCACAGCACCCAAGCAGUCGAAGCUGGUGAGGCUAGUCGAGGGGAUCUGAAGGGUCGAUGA